AUGGGCCUGGUAUCUCAUGAAACCUCGCCCACUUAUUCUUUAUUUGCCGUCUUUGCCACUUGGAAGGCUUUCUUGCUCUCCAUUGCCCUCGGAACCUCCAUCAGCCGUGACUAUGACACGUCAACGUCGCUCUUCUUCGAGCACUUGUACGGCGCUGGCGUCAACGCAUCAACCCUCGCAACCAAACUGACGCGAUGGGAUGCGCUGUACUUCAUGCAGGCUGCGCAUGAAGGUUACACUUACGAGCAGCAAUGGGCGUUUGGGGCGGCGCUGCCCGUUGCCGUCGAUGGCAUCCUCCGGCCGCUCAGGGGGCUGCAUCUGGUUGGCGAUGGCGCCCUCGAGCCCAUUGUGGCCAUUAUUUUCACCAACUUGGCGCAUCUAGCCGCCGUGCUGGCUCUACACAGGCUCACCCUCGUCCUCUUCAACAGCAACAGACUGGCCUACGUGGCGGCCGUCUUGCACAUCCUCUCGCCCGCCGGCCUCUUCCUCUCUGCCCCGUACGCGGAGAGCCCCUUUGCCUGCUUGUCCUUCACCGGCAACUUGCUUUUUGCAAUGGGUCUGCGGUCCAGCACUGCUACUUGGAAACGGAUGCUGGCUUUUCUUAGCGCCGGAGUCUCCUUUGGACUGUCCACUGCCUUUAGGAGCAACGGCCUGGUCAGCGGUCUCCUAUUCGCGGUGCAAGCAGUCCAAAGUCUGCUCGAUUUUUUCCGCCACCCGAGCGUUUCCAGACUGACGCUUCUCGCGUCUUUGGUCAUUGGUGGCCUCUUCAUCGCGGCGGGGAGUGCGGUUCCGCAGACGGUGGCGUGGUACAGAUACUGCAAGGUUGGCUCCAUUGACGCCGAGCCAAGGCCGUGGUGCCAGCGUCUGGUACCGAGUAUCUUUACCUUUGUGCAAGCACACUACUGGAAUAAUGGGUUUUUGAAGUAUUGGACCCCAAACCAGCUGCCACUCUUCUUGCUAGCCAGCCCCAUGCUCGCAAUUCUGCUCAAGUCGGGGCUCGAUUUUAGUUUGAACUUGGCCCACGGCCUUGGGAGAACUCUGCCGGUGCCAUCGGAGACGCAUCGCACGUUUGUGAUUACAUUGGCCGCGAUCCAAACGCUGAUUGCGACUUUGGCCAUUACCAACUUCCACGUGCAGAUUAUUAGUCGGCUGUCAUCUGGCUAUCCUAUAUGGUAUUGGUGGAUAGCGAGCAGCCUGAGCAGCGACAAGUCUCAAAAGCUCGCGUCACGGAUUGUUGUAUUCAUGAUUAUGUAUGCCAGUAUCCAGGGCGGCUUGUUUGCAUCCUUUCUUCCGCCCGCAUAG